UCGAAAACAACGCAGGACUGAAAAAAAUGAAUGCUUAUAUCUAAUCCGAAUUACCUCACCCAGCUGCUUUCCCGCUGCUUCACUGAUCAUAUAUCCGCACCAGAAACGUUCAAACGAUGGAUUAUGCGGACAGCAGGUGCAGAUGGCAGCUGGACUUGUAGCCAACAGGAAGAGCUAGCCUGCUAGCUUUGUAACCAAUUUCACUAAAGGACAAAUCGAUCGGAAAUUUUGAAGGAAAGCCCGUCAGCAUGUUGAUGGUGGGCGACCAUGGAGGGAUCCUAUAGAAUGAGUGUGAGAGAGCUGUGUGAGACAGAUGAUCUGGCCACGAGUCUGGUGCUGGAUCCCUUACUGGGGUUCAGCACCCACAAGAUGAACAUAAGUGCACCCCCAGAGAUCCGGCGAUGGGGCUACCUCAGAGAAACACUGCUGCGGUUCAAACGCACACAUGACUUCCAGGCUACCUUUGAUGCUCUGUUGGAUGGGGAAUGGGUCAGUGACUAUUUCACUGGGCUGGGUUCACACCGACAGGAGUUGUUGAAGCAGCAUAUGUACCGCUAUAUGACAGCAUUUCUGUUGGACAGUGGAGUGAACAUAGAACCGUGUAACCGCUAUUCCUCAGAGACAAAUGGAGCCAAAAUCACAUCCACCCGACACUGGUUUGUGGGAGAGCGGUUGGAGGUUCUGCAGGGCUGCAUCGCUGAGCUGAGCCCUGAAGACAGUGCAGUGCUGCAGGCAGGAGUCAAUGACUUCAGUGUCAUGUACUCAACACGCAAGAGAUGUGCUCAGCUUUGGCUUGGGCCUGCUGCCUUUAUUAAUCAUGACUGCAGACCCAAUUGUAAGUUCGUCCCUGGAGAUAAGAAUGGAGCUUGUGUUAAAGUGGUGCGACCCAUCUCACCGGGGGAAGAGAUUACCUGUUACUAUGGGGACAGCUUUUUUGGGGAAAAUAAUGAAAUGUGUGAAUGUUGCACCUGUGAGAGGAGAGGAGAAGGAUCUUUUGAGAAGAGAGACUUGGUUUGCUCCAGUGAUCCUUCGGGACAGAAAUACGAGUUCAGAGAGACUGAUCUGAGGCUUAACAGAAAAAGGGGAAAUGGCACUCCAAAGACAUUUCUCACAGUGUCACACUCAGUCUUGCCAAUGAGGAAUAUGUUUUCCCAGCGGACAAAGAGGAACUCCCUUGUUUUGAGCAGAAAGAUGAGAAAGACUGGGGGGCAGAGGAGGGAGGAGCUUUGCAAACAGGUGGAGAAGAAGAGGCAAAACCUUUUAUCAUCUUUGUCUCACCAUGGCCUUAAGGAGUUAAGCGUUUGCCUCUAUCAGCACAGUGUAAAUUUCUUGCUAUGCUGUAGGAACCCCACAAGCAAAGAAAGGACCCUGCUAUACCUUAUUGAGAAGGAGCGACCACAACCUGAGAAUAUCAAAAGGAAAAAGGAACCUGUUCCUCCAUCACCCAGUAAUGUGAACGGAAAUGGACCAGAGGAGAGUAAGGAUAAGGAUGGAGACAUGUUAAAUAGAGACUCUGUCAUUAGGUUCAAACCGUUUACUCUUGGAUGUGUUUCCAGAGUCCCUGAAAGAGACGGCAUGAAAGCCAAGGGACGUAAAGUUGAUGCGUCAUCUGUCAGAAUUGUUCACCAGAUGGCCAUUUCCUCAAGGAACAGGAAUAUUCUUCGUAGUCGUCUAAGCAGUCUCAGAGCAAGCAAUCGAUCUAAACUCUCCUUAUUCAAUAAAAAACGGACCAGACUGAUCAAGCGAAACUCUAAACUCUCUACAGGUGGAAAGGAAUGUUCAGUUUUGCAGACAAAAGAAGUGAGACAGCAAAGAGGAAGUGAGGUUGAGUCCAAGAACAUGUCCAAUUCUAUUUUAACCCCUGGUAAACCAAGUACUGCUAAACAUAAACGCAUCGGAGAGGCUGGAAAAAAUGGUGACAAAUCUUCACAAACAGCGAGCACAGUGAUCAGAGAGGCGCAGCAGAGAUUCUUUAGGGAUCGCCUCAGGGUGGUGGCUGAUGGUAGGAGACACAUCAGUGGUUCCAGUGCUACUAGGGAAGGUGAUGCUGGUUCUUGUGUAGCUUUAGAGACCUUGGGGGAUAACAAGCAAAACCACAGGCAGUCUGUCGCUUCUAGCACUGUAAGCAUUACUCCGUCUUCACCAUAUUAUCGUAAUCCUGUCUCUCUCCUCCCAGGCUCAAAUCAUUACCUCAGAGUCAGUCUGGUCAGGGUAGCUAUCCCAGGUGAAGCCAAGACUGAAAGUACAGGUCAGGGGCAGGCAGACAGUGAAGGAGACAAGGGUAUCACACCAGAAGCAGCAUCAGAGUUAAAUGGGAGCAAAGAAUCCAGUAGACAAGGUAAGAAGGGGGUGAAGGAGAUGUAUUUCACACCAGUAAAUAUGGAGAGUGCAGAUAAGUACUUGAAAGUUACAUGUGAUUUAUUACCAUGUGCUUCAGAGAUGGGCAAAAACACAGUUAAAACGCAACCCGUUGUGAAAGAACUUGUAGAUGUUUGCAGUUAUGGUAGCCAAAGUGACCAUGAAAUUGAAGGUAAUCAAGAUAGAGAUAAUGACAUUGUAACGAUUGCAUCUGUUGAGGUGACCGUCUCAAAAAAUUCAGAAGACGCUACAAGACAUACACUUGAGAAAGAUUUAAUAAAGCAAAAAUGUGCAUCCAAGGAUAAAAAACAACCAAGUGUUGAGAACAUACCUGAAGUGCAAGGUAAGAAAGAGAGCAGUGGUAAGGUAAGUGUUGAAGCAAAAGAUUUAAAUAGGAAAGAAUUAUCAGUGUAUUUUGAGAGCAAGACAGUUGUCAUCAGAGAGGCAAGGGUACUGCUUUCAGAUAUUAGAAAGAGUUCAAGUGGCCAGUUUAGCCAACAAAAUAAGGAUGGUAAUGUCUGCCACCCUGCAUUUUUGAAGUCUCCAUCCAGUUACAAGAGUAAAGUAGCUGUUAAUAAGAAGACCCCUUCAGCCAAAAAAGAGAUUAAGGACACUGACAAACAUGAUGCAUUAAAUAAGAGAAAUGAGCACCCUAUACAUGGUGUCAUUCCAGCUGAUCAACCAAAUAUUAUGACGGUCCAAGUGAGACGGACAGAAAAAUGUUUGCGUUCCUCAGAGCCUCUAUCAAUGAGCAGGGUGUCUCUGGAUAACAGUCCCCAGAGCAAUAUUCCCCUAAAGAAACGUGCAUUUCGAGAAUCGCUUGAUACAGACCCAGAUCAGGACAACAGUGUAGCAACACAAUGCAAAGAUAUCAAUAAUGACACCGAAACCAAGCUGAACAAUCUGUCAUCCAAGCCAAACGACAACAGCAGUGUAGAGACAAAAGAGCAGAAAUGUCCAGAAUCAAGCGCAAUUCUCAGACACAAUGUUGGUGUUGGCUCAAAAAAGAGUGAUUCAUCUAGAUUGAUGAAAACUUCAUCGAAACGCUACAGGGGUCGUCCGAGUGCUCCGCCUGGAACAGUACAAAACAAAACUAGAGGAUGUGGGGAUAGUACAAGUCAUGUGUAUGAAACUGAGAGAAAAAUGUCUGAACCUAAGAAAUUAGCAUCCAGAAUUGAUGAAAAAGUGGAGUGCAAGAUGAGCGAGAUGGAGGGUAAUCAAGCAGAAAGUGAGGAAAAAUUAGGACAAACAGAAGGGUCAGAUGGCUGUGAGGUAAUUGAUAGUACAGCAGCUUACAUUACAAAUGAGUCUACCUCAAAUGUUUCUGAUGAGACGGAGGAAGAGCAGAAGUUAAACUUCAGAAUCCGCCUUAAGAGGAAAAGGGGAAAACAGUGGGAAAGGGAGAAUACGAUUGAAGCAGAAACUGUUGAGGACAAAUCAAGCCCUCAGCAACGUUUGGUUGCAGUUGACCCUUUUAGGGCCAUUUUGGAUUCCGUCUCUAUUCUAAAUGCAGAAAUGGAGAGGAUUCAGGGUCAUGGGGAGUCAGAUAAUGGCUUAGGUUUGGAGAAAGCCACCAAAGCAGUCCAAGAUGUGCUAGAGCAUUGCAGAAUGGAAUAUGCACCCAAGCCAAGAAAAAGACAACGAAAAGUUAACAUACCAAAAGAAAUUGUUCAAGAAGGCCAUGAUGUUACAGAGAAAAUACAACAAAGCCAACCAGGUCUAAAAGUUGAGGUAGACAUUGAUGAUAUUAAACCAUUACCUCCAAUUCGAUUGUGCAGGAAGGCUGAAGGCAAAUGGGAGGUGCAGUGGAAGGAAGCUCAGAAACAAGAUGGGAACAUGCAAACGAAAAAUUCUGCACCCAUAGAGCCAAAUAAAUUUACAUUGGUCCCUUCUAAGAUGGCAAUACUGGAACAAAUGCCUCACAGUAAAAUUAAAGAAGAAAAUGUGUCCCCUUGCCAGGAACGGAUGGCUGUGCCGAGUUGUAAUAAGGGUACAGAUGCCUAUAAAGAUCCACUGUGUUUUGAGGCUGCACCUCAACCAUUAUCACUUUCACCUUUGUCGCUAUAUUCUCCUUGCUAUGAGGGGAUGACAGGAGUUUAUGUCGGUGGCAGUAUUCAAGAAAAAGAGGAUGUUAGAGAGCAAAGAGUUUCAGAGAAUAUUGACAGGAAUGAUGGUUUUAAGACUGGAGUUAGUAGAACUGAAAUUAAAGGAACAAAUGAUGCUUCCUUGAGUCACAAUUUACUUCAGAUUAAUAAAAGUCUGUCAAGACUGCAGGCUCUGAGUCAGCCACAGGUAUCUGAAAAAUGUGAGCCCACUAACACCAGUGUAACUACUACUCAGAUUCAGUCUCCUCCCAUCUCUCCCUUCACCACUGAGUGCAGCUUUAGCAAUUAUUCAGAGGAUGUCCUUGACUUUCCAUGUUUAAAUCUUGAAAGCUAUGAUCAAAUGGCAGCUCAAAACAACUUGGCAAGCUCUUUGAUGGACUACUGUUCUGGGGAACCACAUAAUACGGGGUCCUUCACCAGCCCCUUCACUCAAAGUCCCACAGAUGCAUGGAAUCCAGAGACACCUUACCUAGGAUCCCCGAGCCCAGUGAGUAACUUCAGUAAUGAUGAAGAUCUUAGCUUCCCGGAUCUUGUCUUUAGUCAAUCUGACACAUUCUCAUCGAGCAGUGGUCCUCACCUGCUCUUCAAAGAUAAAAUAUGUAAUGCAGCCAUGAGUUCUGCUCCUCUUCAACGCACUGAAAAAGAUUUAUACUUGUCUGAAAGUGAUUUGUCAAAAAGUCCCACAGUGCUCCAGGUCCAGGAAGAUUCAGCAACACAGUUUCACAGGAAAGACUUGAUCAUGUUUAAUAAUGAAUCUACAAAUGCUAAACAGUCAGUACACACAACUGCACAUUUACAUCCUCAGGAUAAAAAGUUCAAUGUCCUUGAUUCCAAUGUUAGCACAAAGACUGUUUCAGCUGAGUCAUGCUUAAGUAAAAUCCAGGAAAAAGACAAAACUCACGGACCUCUUAACUUAAGCUCAAAUAAUAAAACCCAACCUGUCUUUCCGAGCCAGUCAACACAAUGCAUGCCCGAUGCUGGAUCUCGGAGUAACUUGGUUACACCCUUCCAUUCUCUUAACGUAGGAAAUAAGUCCACCUCACUUGCUGACUUCCAAGGGACAUUCAGCCCUGGUAAUGCACUUUUCCGCAGCUAUGACAAGAAGCUUCCAUUUUUCCAGAACCCAAAGAAUGUCAUGAAAACUGAGGCAGGUCAGAAUUCAUGUAGAGUUUCUGCGGCUGCCAGCAGCCAAAAAUCUAGCAACAUCCUGGAAAACACCUUUACUGGUCCAGGGCCAUCAAGUUCUCACAGUGGAAAAUAUUCUCCAGCUAAAUGUCCUAAUGCUGGGUUUUCAAGAUUGAUUGAAAAUCUACAGAGAAGCUCCAAGAACACCUCGUCAAAACCUGUUAAUCCUUGCCAGCAAAGUGAUUGCAUUCACCCGGUUUAUUUCCUCAGCUCUAGCAAAACCACAAUGAAUGCUUUCAAGAACAUUCCAGGUAUAAAGCCCCAAAUUUCACAGAAUGACAAAGAUCCAUCCUUGCCCUCCAAAUUUGUAUUUUCCUCUUCUCAAAAUCCUCAGAGUUACAGUACACCACAAAGCAAAAUCUCGAAAUCUGUGAAGCCACAUGCUGUUGUGGCUCCCACUCAAAAUGCUCAACUUUCUGGAGUAUCUACUUCUAUUCCUAAAAAUCUGAUAAGCCAGAAUGUUUCUCACUGUGAUUCUUCUGACUUCAACUUCAGCUCCUCCCUUUCACCUGCUUUGUCACAGCACAGCAGUCCUCAACUGGGAUACAAGGAAUCCUCAACCCAUGAGGUCCCAGGGACUAAAACUCAGUCAGCCACCUUUACACACCGUCAGCCUCCUCACCAGUCGUAUGUUGUAAACUUUACAGGAGAUCAUUCUGUUACAUUGGGGUACAGUGAUGACGGUAAAUGCUUGAAUUACUCUGGUUCAGGGCCUACAAAUUACACCUACCAUUGUCUCAUGGAGCCUUCUGGAACCCAAGGAAGGCUAGUUGUAGAGGCAUGUGGUCCCUCAAAUGUCUCACCUUCUCCCUCUGUGGAUAGGUUUGCUGGGUCUAAAGUCCAUGGAGGCCAAACUAGUAAAGACCCACAGCAGCAGGGGCAGCCUGGAAAUCACCCAUACAAUUCUCUACACUUUUCCACCUCCCACUCGCAAAGCACCCCCAUAACGGAUCGCAAGCCUAAGAGACUGCGGCUUGUGGUGACUGAUGGUACAGUGGAUCUGGACCUACAAUAUACUGAUUAAUAAUGACUGUUUGUCGUUGCAAUGCUGACAUAUACACCAAGCAGCCACAACAUUAAACCCACCUGCCUAAUAUUGUGUAGGUCCCCCUCAUGUCGCUAAAACAGCACUAACCCGCACCUCAGAAUAGCAUUCUGAGAUGCUAUUCCUCUUACCACAAUGUCACUGAGCGGUUAUCUGAAUUACUGUAGACUUUGUAAGUUCGAACCAGUCUGGCUAUUCUAUUUUGACCUUUCUCAUCAACAAGGCAUUUCAGACAACAGAACUGCUGCUCACUAAAUGCAUUUUGUUUUUGGCACCAUUCGGAGUAAAUUCUAGAGACUGUUGUGUGUGGAGAUCAGCAGUUACAGAAUUACUCAGACCAGCCCAUCUGGCACCAACAAUCAUGUCCCUGUCAUUGAGAUAAAAAAAUUUCCCCAUUCUGAUGGCUGAAUUGAAGAUUAACUGAUGGUCCGAACCUGUAUCUGGGUUAUUUUAUGCACUCGCUGCUGCCACUCAAAUGGCUGAUAUAGAUUAUCGCGUGGAUGAUUGGUGGUGCUGUUUUGGUGGCACGAGGGCAACCUACACAAUAUUAAGCAGGUGGUUUUAAUGUUGUGGCUGAUCUGGGUAUUUGAGAGAGAAUAUUUAUUCACAUUCAGAUAAGGUGUUCUUUGUUUUCAUUAAUUUUGUAGAGAUUUUGUUCAUAUUAUCAAAAACAAAAGACUUUUUGAAAUAUUUAGUCACAAUUUUAUCAACACACUUGCCUAAUUUGUAUACUAUAGUCUGCUUGGUAUGUUAAUAUAAAAGAUAUUCUUUCCACACCAGUCAGUUCUUUAAAGGGGUAAUUCACGACCAUUUACUCAUCAACUACUGCUGUUUCCUCUGUGGAAUAGAAAAGGAGAUGUUAGGCAGUGUUAGAGCCUCAGUCACUGUUCACUUUCACCACCACCAUGUUCAUCUUUUUUCUGUACAUUGAAAGUUAUUAGUGACUGAGGUUAACAUUCUGCCUAACAUCGUUUGUGUUCCACAGAAGAAAUUAAAUCAGUCAUCUUUGGAACAACAUGAGGGGUGAGUGAAUGAUGACAAAAUGUUCGUUUUUGGGUGAACAAGUAUUGAAGAAGAAAAAAUAUCCUCUAUUUUACCUGUAGUACAUAAGACAUGCCACAUGAUGGGGAUGCAGUUCUCCAUGAUGUGGAAUUAUUUUUCAUUCUCUCCUAUCUUUUUUCCCCCUUUCAUUUCAAAGUUAUCGAUGUAGUUGUUUUUAAAAGAUGUGACCCAUCAACAUAUGUGAAAUGUAUUAGCACAUAUGGCAACUUGCAUGUUUCAUUGGGUUGCACAUGAAGGACCAAGGCAGGAUUCAUAUGUUUUUUCCCUGUUUUUUUUUUUUUUUUUUUUUUUUGAUCUUGUCAAAUUGACUGAGUACACAGUCAAUGGUGCGCAAACAUUUGUGCAGCAUAUGAAAAACUCAUACAUUUGCGCAGCUCUCAGGUGUCCUGCAUUUGACUAAGGGGAUUCCUGUAUGUCACAUAAGAGAACUGUAGCAGCUGCUACAUUAAAUACACACAUAUGCUCUCGUAACCGUCACAUACAAUCCUAACCAUCUAUUGUGAUGGUUAUUUAUUUGAAUAACAUCCUAUCAUUAACACACAAAUCACACACUUUGCAAGCAUAUUGUUAGAGCACAAUUGUGUUUAGUGUUUGAUGCAAUUUGAACUCAAAACCUUAGGUGUCUGUUUCAGUUUCAUUGGUUUUUGUGGCACAAUAGGUGUUACAAUGGGACGCAAAUGCAUAUUUUUUAGUUGCCACUUGUAUAUCUCUAUAGAGAAAUGUUUAGUGCCCUUUGAAGCUGUUCAUUGAUCAGACUCCCUGUUUAACACUUGAUAUAAUAUUGUUAAAUGUACUGUAGCUCUGUAGGUCUCUAUGACCCAAAGCCAGACAUCACUCGCCAUCGUUAUGUUGUAUAUUAUCUUACCUUUUUCCCAGUCCAUGUCAGAGAUUCAAGGUGUUUGUUGGUUUCUUCUCAAUUUUGUGGAUAUGAGAAAGUUGCAAACACGAGAAAGCUUUGGGGUUUGUUGUAGUUGUGUUCAGCCUUGCCUCAGUCUAUAAAAGCCAGUGUAUUACUUAUAUUUAUUUCAAUAUGUUCUUAACAUGGUGCUUCAAUAUAACUUAAUUUUUUUUUUAUUGUACUGGACAUAAUGUAUUUUACUCUGUUUUUAAAUGCUAGAACUGAAAUAUCAGAUUUUGUUAUGGUAAUUCUUGUCUGGCCAUCUUGUUAGUUACUUAGAAAUUUGUAAGAGAUUACAUUUUAAAAUGUGAUUGUUCCAUUGUAAAAUGGUAAAAAUUAGAAUAAUGCAAGUAAAAUUAAAUGGUUUUAAAAUGAGCUGUUCAUUGUGUUUUAAGCAUACUGUGGUAUUUUGUUGAGAAUCUUUCAUUGUUGCCAGUUCUCUGAAAUCAAGUUAAUAGUUCAGAGAACUACAGUUUCUUUUAGUAAUUAAUUGUUAUAAAUCUUAAUAUCUAUUUAAGUGGGUCAAAUACCUGUAAAAUUGAAAGUGCUAAAUAAUAUAUUGACUUGGCCUUGAAUAGUUAUGAGAGGAGAGCUGUAUUGCUGUGAUUGAAUAGUGGUCUAUGAGUGUUCCCUUUUUAUUUCCUCUUUUUCUUGCAGUAAGCAUUUAUUCAAGGUUAUGAGUCUUGCAGUUAUUAUUUCUGCAGUGUCUGACAUGGCCUAAUUACUGGAAAGACAUUAUUAAUGAGAUGAAUCACUUGACAGAGAUCAUAGAAGGGAACAAGAAUAAUUUGCAUAUCCUCUGCUCACAAACAGUACAAAUUCAUGAGCAUAUCUGUAUGCUUGCUUAUUUGUAGUGCAUUACUCGCAAUCCAUUUUUUUUUUCUCUCUCUCUGGUUUGCAUCACUGCAGCUCAUUUACAGUAAAUGUAACCCAUCACUAAGCCUUUUUGUUUCCCUAGUUCUCUUCAUCCUCUCUUUCAAUAUAUUUUUUUCAAAGAUGCUUAUAUUCUGUAGCUUACAAUUCCUUGGAUCUCCCAAUUUUUCUAUUUUUUUCUCUCUUUUAGACAUUUUUCUCCAAAAUAUAAAGCUGUCUUUUUCACAUUUCUGAUGUGUGCCAUUGCCACAUACCUUUUUAGAAACAGACUUUAUUAUUCAUUCUCUAUGUGCUAUAUUGUCCCUUGCCCCCAAUGUCAUUUUUCCACACUUUUAUACUAGUCAGUAUAUAUUCUCUCUUCCUUAUCCCUCAAUCUUUCAACCCUUUGUCCACUACCUAUCUCUCUUGUUCCAUAUUCUUCCCCUUUCCGAUACAUGACCCAUUUUCUCUUUUCUCACUGGUGAGUGGCGGGUUAACUGAAGCUAAGAGGAACAGAUUUUUCAUAAUAAGGACACUGGCAGCAAGGCAGUGGAUAGAGUGUUAGGUGGUAAAAGGAUGAAACUGAGGCACUGCAGUAGGAUCCAAAAACCUUUCAGUCUUCAGUGACCUUAUUGACGUCCAUGACAGGCACAAUUAUUCAGAAACCUCACUCUCCAGUUGUGUUGAUGCUAGUGACCGGAGGACCUCAAUACUUUUGUGUCGUUUCACUUUAAUGCGAUAAGCACCAAAGAUCAUUCUAUUGACUACAAUGUCAUUUUGCUUAAUCUGGUGACCCAAUGAAGCAUGGUUUUGCUCCUUUUGAAGUCUCUGCCAAAUCGUACAGACAGUUCUGUGCAACAAAAGAGAUGUACAAGAGCAUCCUCCAUUUUAUGGUGCUUGUGUGUGAAACAGGCACUAGCCCGCUUGAGUCAUCUGUGCUUUCUUCUCUUUUUCAAUUAUUCAGUAAUCCUUUCCUGCACCCAACCAACCUUCCACCCACCUUCCUGUGUAAACCAUGUUACUAAUCAUUUAGAAUUUACAAUGGCAAUCUAUAGCUUUCCUAUUAAUCUCUCAUGGAAACUAUAUAUAGCUCUCUGUCUCACUCUUACACACUUUGGCAAAGGAGAUUCUGUGAUAUUGGUGGUUUGCUGAAACAGCCAGAUGCAAUCUGUAAAAUUGUAUUGGUGAGCCAAUAAAUGAGGGGUGAGGUAUGAUGAUGUUACUUUUUGGAGCAGUGGCCUUGAGAUCAAUGCUCUGGUGCUUGUAGGAGACCCAGGUACUAUUCUGGUCUGGGUCAUAUUCCCAUUGCAUUUCCUUCCCAAAUACUAUAUAAUGUAAACUGUAUCACUGUAUAGAAAUCACUGUUUUAUUAUUUUGCUCAGAUAUAUAGUUUUUUCUAAAACAAUAGGCAACAUCUCUUAUGGAAUCAUGUUAUUAUACCUACAUUUUUGCAAAAUAAUGUUUACGUGGCAGUUUUCUGGUGAAAUAAACACUAGAGGCACUACAUUACUCCACAACUACUUUUAUUCACCUUCAAACAAAUCACUAGGAAAACUACAGAAUAUCAGUUAAUUUCAAUUAAAAUUCCACUUUGAUUGUUUCAUUUGCUAUUUAAAGGACAGGCGUACACGCGAGUUGACACUUGAGCCAGAAGUUUCAUAGAAACACCUCAAAAUGAUGUUUGAACUAUUGUGUUUUUCAUCUCAUUUACUUUUAUGACACCAUUGGUUAGGUUUAGGGUAGAGAAGUAGGUAUUGUUUAUUCAAAACUCGACAGAGCAUUAACCUUAAAAUGCUAAUCUGUUUUUCAAAGGGUAGGGAGGUAUAUUUUGCUAUAUUAAAGCUCUAUUGAGCAUUAACCUUACGUCCUUUAAAACAUCAUCUGUUUGUGAGAAGUUUUAAAUCUCUUUUCAUGCCACGCAGUGGACAUUUCACCUCGGAGCUACCGUUAUAUGUGUAAAGAACCACGUAAAUUCAUUUUGCAAAAUAUCCCCACAUUCACAUAAUUUUCAUGAGAUCAUGUUCCAAAUGGAUGGAAGGUUUUUAGCAGUGUGGAAUUCUCUGUGAAAAGCAUUUCUUUAUGAUUCUACUACCUUUUAAUGUGCCGGAUCAUAUUUAAGUGUUCUUUAUGAGAAAGCUUGAUUGCCCAUGACAAAAAACUACCAACUUCUUCCCUUAAAGUUUGAUUCACUGCAAGGUUUGUCUAUAGGUAUGGUUUUCUUAAAUAGUGCUACAAGACAGUGUCGUCCAUUUGCAGUACAUUUGCUAGAAUGUUAUUUGUUGUUUCUAUCUCUUAUGAACAUUUAAUAUACCUCCUUAAAAUGCAACAUUAUCAAAUUGUUAAUGGAGGAAUAGUGACCUCCCAGCAUGUGAAUAGAUCUGUGAGUGGGCUUGAAAGGCCCUGUGCAUAUGAUGCUUUUUACCAGGACCUGGUCAUACUGAAAGCUUGUCAUGUCUGUAGAGGUUGGAAAUGGAUUAUAAUAAAAAGAAGGAAAAAAAAAAAAAAAAACAGUGUUCAGUAGGCACACUCAUACAUUUAGAACCGGCCAAGUAUCCAAAUGGCCAGUGAUGUGCACAGACCUUAGCAGGGAUGGGUGGAAGGAUAAAAAAGGGCACUGAUUUUUAUUUUCAUG